AUGGACGGUGGCAAAGUUGGCCGCAGCAUGUCGAUCCUGCCGCGCGAGCAUGGCGACGUGCGACGCGACACCAACUCCCUGCCGGAAGACGGGGCCGGCCCUUCGCUAGAAGGCGCGGUCGACGUCCGCGCUCAACGCCAGAAGCCAACCACCGACCGGGGCACCCAGACGUCGCAGGAGCGGGAACCUGCCGCUCGACCAGAAGCACCAACCGGUUCCAAGCGCCGUGCCAGGGACGAUCCUCGCAACUCGCCCGUUUUGAAGAUCAAUCUCCAAGAAUUCAUUCCAGAGUCCCAGGUCAUCGACUACGAGGAGGUCGACUCGCGCAGGCUGAAGCUCUCGUGUUUCCCCAAGGGCACCAAAGAAGAAGACGCCGCCGACCUCUGCAAGGGCGCCGUCGCCACAAGUACCCUGGUCAAGGGUGAAAACUUGAUCCACUACUACGCGACAUACGGCACCCCGGAAGAAGCCGUCGCGGCCGCUCAGGUGCUCGACGGCGUCGAGGUCAAGGGAGCUCGCAUCAGGUCUACGUACAUGGGGGAGCGCUGGCACGACCCCGGAACGUGCCCUCCGGUGUCGUCCAACAUCCUGGACAUAUCGAACGUGCCGAGCGAGUACUGCAGCAAAGAGAAGCUGGGGACCGUCUUCAAGAUGGGCGAGGUGACGAAAGUGUCCGCAACGGGAACUUGCAAAGUGGAGUUCCCGUCUUCCACGGAGCUCAUCAAGACCGUCAGAGACCCCAGUUACCACACCUUGGCCGGACAGCGCUUGAAGUUUGCGAUGGCCAUUGACCCCAUCCUAGCCAAGAACCUCAGCAAUGCCAACGUGGGAGCCGCUAAGCGACCUAUGAAGAACCCACCACCGAAAACUUCGACAGGAAUGGGCAGCGCGGAUCGGUCUCUCCUGCAGGGCGCAAAACCUGCGCGACAAGAACCGGAAGGCGCUUCUGUUGAAGCCAGGGUUUGA